AUGAGUGAAACGGUCAAAGAUAAAAUUAUAAUCGACGAGAAGGUAUCCACGAAAGGUACCGUUGAUUACGUCGAAGGUGCUGAGUACUCUGAAAGGCUUUCCAAUCAUUCAUCGGAUUUUUCUCAAUGGUACACAGAUGAACAAAUAUUGCACUUCAUGAAAAAGUUGGGUUAUGAAAAUCGCACUCUUUAUGAUAUCCCAGAAGAUGUUGCGUAUAUCCUCAAAAAAAUGCCUGAACUGACGCUUGAAGAUUCCUUCGAAAUACUAAAAGACUCCAUCAUCUAUUACAAGGACGACGAAAACAUACCACAUGAUCAAUAUGAGGAGUGGAAGAGAUUGGUAUAUUUGGAUUCAAAAGAGGGGACAGAUGACUACGACAGCUUUGACGUUAGGGCAUUUGCUUCAGCUAUCAAAUUUCAUUCUCCUUACCAAGAGGUUAGAGCUGUCGUUGAUCCAGAAGAUGACCCCACUAUUCCAGUGGAGACGUUCCGAGCAUAUUUUUUGGCGAUAAUUUGGUCUAUCAUCGGUUCUGGAUUUAAUGAGUUCUUUUCGCACAGAGUGGUUUCAAUUUCAUUGGAUACUCCAAUUAUCCAAAUGUUUUUAUACAUCUGUGGUAAAGCUUGGGCAAAAACUGUUCCCUGUUGGACUAUAACCAUCAGAGGCAGAAAGUAUGGUAUCAAUAUCGACAAACCAUGGACUCAAAAAGAGCAAAUGUUUUCAACCUUGUUAUAUGCAAUUUGUCAAGGCGCGUUCUACACACAUUACAAUAUUUUGACGCAAAAACUCUUCUACCAUUCUGCCUUUUCGUUUGGCUACCAAUUCCUACUAUCGUUAUCUGUACAAUUUAUUGGAUUUGGAUUUGCUGGCAUUCUUAGGAAAUUUGUUGUUUAUCCAGCUCGCGCAUUAUGGCCAACAGUCAUGCCAACUAUUGCUAUAAAUAAAGCUCUAUUGGGCAAAGAAAAGCAUGAGUCUGGUAUGAGCAGGUAUAAGUUUUUCUUCUUGGCUUUUUUUAUCAUGUUCAUCUAUAACUGGUUUCCCACUUACAUUAUUAAUAUUCUGAAUACUUUUAAUUGGAUGACCUGGAUCAAGCCAAAUAACAUUAAUCUCGCAAAUAUCACGGGGGGUGUCACUGGUCUUGGAAUAAAUCCUAUCUCAUCUUUUGAUUGGAAUGUUAUCUCGUUUAAUUCUCCCUUAGUUUAUCCAUUUUGGUCUUACCUAACACAGUAUCUCGGCUGUAUAUUAGCAGCUUUAAUUGUCAUUGCAGUAUACUAUAGUAAUUAUAUGAGUUGUCAGUACCUGCCAAUAUUCACAAAUUCCUUGUAUACAAACACUGGCGACUCCUUUGAAGUUUCUGAGAUAUUAGAUAGUGACAAUAAACUAGAUGUGAAGAAAUAUCAAAGCUACUCGCCACCGUACUACAGCGCUGGAAAUUUGGUAACAUAUGGCGCUUUCAUUUGCGCAUACCCCCUUAUGAUUACGUGGUCAUUUAUUGUACAUUCAAAACUAUUAUUCAAUGCUUUUAAAGAUUGGGCUUUGAAUUUGUGGGCCUUGAGAAAACUUAAAUCUUGGGUUACAAUGUUCAAAAGCAAUUACAGGAUUCUGGAUGAUUAUGAUGACCCUCACUCUAAUGCGAUGAAAAAUUACAAAGAAGUUCCAGAUUGGUGGUACUUUGCAAUAUUGAUAGCUUCACUUGUUGUCGGGAUAGCUGUUGUAGAGCAUUACCCAACGAAUACACCAGUCUGGGGCCUUUUCGUUUCUUUGGGUUUCAAUUUUGUUUUCUUGAUCCCAACUACUAUCCUACAAGCAACAACCGGUUAUUCUUUUGGUUUGAAUCUGUUGAUCGAAAUGGUGAUGGGGUAUGCUUUACCAGGCAAUCCUAUCGCCAUAAUGAUUUUGAAGGCUUUUGGUUAUAACAUCGACGGCCAAGCAGAUAAUUACGUUUCUAAUUUAAAAAUUGCGCAUUACUGUAAGAUUCCGCCAAUGGCACUGUUCAGGGGACAAUGUAUCAUAGUUCUUAUUCAAAUAUUCGUUAACCUAGGUGUUUUGAACUGGCAAAUCUCUAAUAUCAAAGAUUUUUGCACGCCUCACCAAAACGCAAAAUUCACCUGUCCCGAUGCUGUGACCUAUUAUAAUGCUUCCGUUGUCUGGGGUGCCAUUGGACCAAAAAGAAUUUUCAAUUAUAUUUAUCCAAUCUUUAAAUGGUGUUGGUUGAUAGGUGCAUGUAUUGGCAUAUUUUUUGGUGUUUGGAAGCGUUGGGGUAAAUUUUAUCCAAGAUAUUUCGACCCGAUGUUAUUUGUAGGUGGAAUGCUUAAUAUGAGUCCUCCAUAUAACUUGAUGUAUUACACUUCUGGUAUGAUUGUUAGUUAUAUUUCCCAGUACUAUAUGAAAAGACAUCAUUUAAAUUUGUGGGAGAAGUAUAAUUACGUUUUAUCGGCAGGCUUUUCAACAGGCUUGGUUUUGUCAGCUAUUAUCAUUUUCUUUGCUGUCCAAUAUAAAGACACAGCUUUCAAUUGGUGGGGCAAUACAGUUCCGUAUGCCGGUGCCGAUGGAGUUGGUUAUCCACUGAAAAACAUAACUGAUACGGCAAAUGGCUAUUUCGGCUAUGCUCCAGGACACUAUCCGUGA